UGAAAUAAAUAAAAAUUUGGAUCGUCUCGUAUUGCGUGGUUCAUUGUCCUACUUGUUUACAAAAAGUGUGGAAUUGGGAAAGUCUUCGUUGUAUUCCGAUUUGCAUACAUAAUUCGGCAUCUAAUUCACGGUUUUCAUGUUACGCAGCUUAGCUACAAUGGCAUCGUCAUUUUCUCGUCUCGUGCGAUUCGUUCCCAAGUCUGACCCCUCCAAAAUCUUCAUUGGAGAACCCGUUGACACCAAAGUCGAUGUUGGAGUGGCUCUUUACGAAGGCAAGGACGUUCAGGUGAAGCGGUUUUCUGGCUCCUCCAUCCUAGAACCUGGUGAGAAGACCGAUGGGGUAGAAAGUAUCAAAACACUCCUCUCGCCACUGGCUCAGAAAGAGGUUGGCACAAUCCGUUGCAUCGGCUUAAAUUAUGUCUCUCAUGCUGCCGAAAUGGGACUCGCACUACCUGAAAUCCCAACUGUCUUCCUCAAGCCCGCCACUGCGCUGUCAGACCCCUGGCCAGCGCUGUCGAUUCUACCCAAAAUCACACAGAAGGAUAACACCGGUGACUACGAGUCUGAGCUAGCAAUCAUAAUUGGAAAAGAUGCAAAGAAUGUCUCCGAGGCGGAUGCUCUGGACUAUGUUCUCGGAUACACAGCAGCCAACGACGUUUCGAGUCGGACAUCACAGAAUAAGCAAAGCCAGUGGUGUUUCUCGAAGGGCUUCGACAGUUCCUGCCCAUUAGGCCCUGUUGUCGCAUCAAGCGCGCAUGUCUCUGAUGCAUCUAAACUUCGCAUUCGUGGAGCUAAGAACGGCGCUGUUGUGCAAGACUGCGGCCUCACAGAUAUGAUCUUCACUGUAUCCCAGCUUGUCAGCUUCCUUUCUCAAGGCACAACCCUGCCGGCGGGCACCGUCAUUCUAACAGGCACGCCGCCCGGUGUUGGAGCAGCCAAGAAGCCGCCGCAAUUCCUCAAGGAGGGUGAUGAAUUCCGCGUCUCGGUGGAACCGUAUAUUGGUACGCUGAUCACUCAGUUCAAGAAUGAAGAGUGACUU